UUUACUGUGUCGAUUUAUAGUCUGAGCCAGAAGCCGUAUUAUCGUGAUCCGGGUCCGCUGGGUCUGUAAUGAAGGCUUCGUCUUAGGCCGAACUUCAACAUUAUAGUUACUCGUUUGGAUUACGAUGCCUCGAAAUACGUGUAUGGGGGACAUUCAGAAUACAUGUGGGGUAAACGUGUUGUUACCUCAUUUGUGAGGAUUUACAUUAUUAGAAUGGCCCUGACGUUCCUAAGAAGGACAUCAACGUGGUGUUCAAGCGUCAGCUUCUUAACCCUGACAACUAUAUGCUAGAGGAGCAGUACUGGCGUCCCCCGGGCAUGGCGGUGGUGGACGUCACGGGGAGGCUGAUCUACGACGGGGGCGGGGAGGGAGUGUCUGAAGGGGAGGUCGAGAUGGUGGAAGAGAAAUCAGAUGAACCCCAGACCUUCCAUAUAAGGGAAUUUGAGACGCCCGGGAGAAAAAUCAGCCGAGACGUUAGGGUCGUCAGUCAAGCAGACAAUGUAGGUCAAGGUCAGGUCGACCCUGGCGUACAGGUCUCUCAGGGCUACGGUGCUUCAGCCAAUCGAAACGAUCAGGUCAAACUACUGGAUCCAGGUAACCAGGCCUACCAUUCAGGUCAGGUGAACACUACAGGGCAGACAAAUCCGGUCAAGGACGCAGGAUAUGGUACCAAAGGGACAACAUUUUUAACGGUGCCUAACAGUGAGUCACAGACGUUACAUAUACGUGAAUUCGACGGACGUCAACGCAAAGUGAGUUGGGAUGUGAAGGUUCAGAACACCGCUCCGAACAUCGGAGACGACGGGUAUGGAACCGAAGGCACACAGCAUCAAAACUGGGUGAACGAUGAAGGAGAUCAAAGUGUUAUAGAUAGAGACCAAAUCCAAUUAUCAAAUGAAACGGGAAUUGUGUUGAAAUCAUUCAGAGGCAUUUUACAGGAAGAUCACGAAGGUGCAAUUACUGAGAGAACCAUUCACCUCGAUACAGGUAGAUCUCAAAGGAGUCUUCCAACAAGUUUGUACGGUAGAAAGUAUCAGGAUUAUUAUAAUUUCGACCAGCCGAAAGGCAGGAAAGUAGAUCCGAGGCGUUUUCAAGAUGAAAAACGUGCAACCAGAGCUUCCAUUUUGAAUAAAGCCGAGUCUUUGCUGAACGACAGACGAACGUCUGGAAUUAACGACAACUCGAGCGACGAUGAGAUCAAAUUUCCACAAAGGACUAAGCCGCGACGACGAAAUUCCCCUUUUAAACGGGGAGGCCAUGCUACGGACACUGAAGUCACGAUUAAAGCCAAACACCGAGAAAAGACGUUAACGUCACCGGAAGUUGACGCUGUUGUAACGCCAAGAUCUCUGAAGGUCAAGCCUGCGGUGCCAAAACACGUUUUUAAUGUACUCGCUCGGCCAAACAACGCACCAAAGCGUAAGGUCAACGUUGUGAAACGACCAAUCAAGAAAAAGGAGGAAGAGUUCCAUGAACCGCCAUCAAAUGGUCAAGAUGUCACCACCCCUGAAGAGGAAAACCUUUACGAGGACAUACAGCGACUAGAUUCCAGGGAGAAAGAGUUGGAGCGUCUGGAAGAUACAGCUGAAAAGGAAAGGAACAAAAAUACAAGAGAGAAGAAAACUCGUACAAAAUCUAACCUUGGCAAGUCCAAAAUCCCAGAAAGGAAGAGAUAUAGCUCCCGAGCUGUUGAGAGGAACAAGGAAAGAACGAAACUUAGCGAACCCUCACAGCAAGCGAGUGAAGGGGAAGACGACCCAGCAGGUACGGACGGGGGUGCAACGCUCCGAAGGGGGGGUAAGGGCGUGAGGCGGUAUGAGGACGCCGAUGGCGCGAGCUCUGUCAAUACCGACAUUAAAGAAAACCAAGGAGGCCAUCAGGGCAAGAGGGCUUACUUCUACAACUUCAAACAACAGAGCAGCCCAGCAGUCAUAGAGGCAGUGAGUACCAAGAGGUUUCCUACUUUCGAAACCCUGCUCAACGAGCUCACAUCCAAGUUUCAAUUAGACAAGGGUGCUAAUUUUGUGUACCACUGGCCGAGCACAACUCAAAUAUCCUCUGUUAAUGACUUUGAUCUUGGGGGGACGUACAUUGUCGCAAGCACUGCAAUGAAAAGAAGUCAGAUUGAUGCGGUGUAUGGGAAACUCGGUCCCAAAAGUUGGCAUAUUGGGAAGGUCCAGCAUAAUGAUUCUCCCUUGAUGCGGAACCCUCUGUCAGAAGAACGAAGUCCAGUAGUUGGCCAACAAUCUUCAGGCAACAAGAAGCCUCUCAUCGUCUGGCUGGUUUGUAACUCGACGCAGAAGAGGAGGAAGACCUUCCUCCAGCCGACGAGAUAUUUUGAAGACUUAUUGGCAGGGGAGAUAACUGAUGCAGUCGACUUGGAAUUUCCACCUGCAUGUGCCUUGUACUACUUCAAUAAAGACUUCCUCGGGGAGGAGAUAUGCAGUUUAAGUCAACUUGUUCGAGAACACCGGCGGAAUGACGCAAUUCUGGUUUGCGGGAGGGAGAAGGUCCCUGCCGACUGGGUUUUCCGCGGAUCGCCGCCCUACUCCAGCGACAUCUACAGACCGCCUCUCAGACCAAGGCCAAAAUACGCCAUAGGCGCCGAUUCCGCCCCACCCCGAGUAGACAUGAUGCAGAUGAACGGCAACAGCUCCCCCAGGUCAAGCGGCGUCCAAAACGGUAUCCCAGCCUUGAACAGAUAUGACACUGUCAAAGUUAAAAUAAAUGGCCGCAGACGAGGUAUGGAAAAGGCACAGCCAAAUGGUACACAAGCACAGCACGAGGGCACUUCGACGAGUUCACGCACACAGUUCUACCCUUCGUACCACGACAUUGAGGAUGAACUGGGUAAACCGGACAGAAAACUCAUGCUGCAGUGGGUUUACGGCUACAGAGGAAAUGACCGGCACAAGAACCUAGAUAUACUGGACACGUCUGAGUUGGUGUACUACGUUGCAGCAGUCGUUGUCAUCUACGACUGGCACAACCACAGUCAGCGCUUCUACACUGGCCACAACGAAGACAUCACGUGCCUGACUGUCCACCCACACCAAAACAGAGUGGCCACCGGCCAGAUGCAAGGACGAGGCUCGGGCAAUGGGGCUCAUAUUCGGAUCUGGGACGUAGAUACUCUGUCAACAAUCACACUGAUUGGACUUGGGGUCUUUCAAAACGGAAUCACGUCUAUUUCCUUUACAAAUAGUACGUUGCAACAAGUGGACAAUGACCUGAUGAUGGUGAUUGACGACAGUUUUCGGCACACGAUGACCAUCUGGGACGUGCAGGCUGAGCGGAUGCUGACCAAAACAACGGUCUUAGCAGCGAAGACUAACACAGAGACAGUGACAGGGGGAUGCUUCUACCCCUUUGAAGAUGACAUCCUCAUCACAUAUGGACGGCAGCACCUGUACUUCUGGAGACUCGACUGGGAACACGACCGAACUCCAUACACAAGAAUACUCAGAGACAAACUCAGCGGGUAUUCAGAGGAUGAUAUACCGACCCAUUUCACUGCGAUAGCGUUCUCGCCAUCUGGUGAGGUCAUCACCGGCGACUCCAACGGCUCCAUCAUGAUCUGGGCCCGUGACAAUGACAACAUCUUCAGCCUCAACCGGUCUGACUCCGAGAUCAACAUGCAUCAGUUCCCCAUCACCUACCUAGCGAUGUUGCCAGAUGGGAUGAUGCUGUCUGGGGGAGGCAGUGAGAUGUUCCUCUGGGACACAAGGAACAGAUUCAAAAACCCACAGAGGAUACAGGUUAACAUGAAUGGUAACAUCCAGGCGAUAGUUCCCAGCUUCGCCAACUUUGAGGAUGGUCUCAUUUUCUUGGGCAGUGACAAGAACUGCAUCCUCCAGGGACAUCUGCACGAGAAGUUCUCUACCAUUGUUCAGGGUCACAGCGGGGAUAGUGUGUCCAUCGCCGUUCACCCCAGAGAAUAUAUGCCUCAUGGAAAGGCAAAGGAAUACCACUUCGUCACCGCAGGAAAGGAUUUGGUCGUCAAGUGGUCUGCUUCACAACGAAUACCUAUCUGGAAGACCAAGAUCGAGGGGGAGAAAUGCUCGGCUGUUGCUGUUGAUCAUCGAGAUCGGAUGGUUGCCUUAGGAACAAAGUCUGGUAAGGUCAUCAUCCUGAACGACACGAACAGAGGCCGAGAGGAGAACACGAUAGUGAUAGGCGCCAAGAAGGUCAACACUGUGGCUUUCUCUCCAGAUGGGGUGCGGCUGGCGAUUGCUGUUGACGAUGGCUACUUGCACAUCUGUUCUGUGGAGAGGGGAUCCCUGGGGCGUCUCCACGCAACAUCAAACGUGCAUGGUCUGUCGAUGACGAACAUUGACUGGUCUCUCGACUGCAAGUUCCUGCAGACAUCUUCCACAGAUUUCCAGGUGUUCUUCUGGUCUGCGGACAAAAAACCAAAGGUAAUACCAGGCCACAAAGCGAGGGAUGCAGAAUGGGUGACCCACAAAGCCCUGGUGUCACACUCUAUACUAGGACCUUGGCAGCACCUCGACGCAGGGGAGACAAUCAAGGCAGUUGAUCGCUCAAACGGCCGACAAAGGGAUUUACUGGUGACAGGAGACAGUAUGGGGAGAUUAAGACUCUACAAAUACCCAUGUUCCACCUCAGAGAGCGAGUACCGAGGCACCAAGGUAUACUCCGGCGCAAUGAACUCAGUCAUGUUUUCCGCCGACGACUUCUUCGUCUUCAGUUCCGCCUCCAGCGUCGCCAAAAAACGACCUGAAGAAUCAUCUGGGAAUCAUGCAGUGGGCUGUCACAGAAGCCGACGCCCAGGUGGACCAGAGUUACUACAAGUCCCAUUACAACCCCUACCAUCGCCACCAUCAGUACUACCCGCCCCACCCACACUACCCCAGCCCUUAUUAUUACAAUCAGCACCACCCAUACUACAAGCGGUACCAGUGAGAAGACUGGCAUGGGACCUCAUCGUCAAGUUCCUCCAAGAUUGUAUUCACACGCAACGGCAGCCCAAAUCAUGGGUCGUUUCACAAAGAUAAUCGUAACUCCCAUACUUUAAUAUAGACUUGAGACUGUGGUCUAGCGACUAUCACUUUGUGCCCAGUAUAUUCUUGUCAUGUGCCAGUCUAUCUCGAGAAAGCACGUUUUUCAAUGCUGUCAGCCAGAAUCCCAGUAUAAAUGACGAUCCUUACCUUCAUACUUACGAUAUGACCAAUACACAGAGAACAAGAUAUUACCUUUAAAAAUCAUAAAUUAAUUCCUCCUUACAAGUUAAAAUUUAAGGAUCUUCUUUGUAUUGAUAAAAGGACCCAUAAAGUCUAUCGAGGGCAUUUGUCAGGUGGGGAAUUUGCGACCAAUAUUUUUAUAUGUACAGUUUCUUCAUAGUUCAGCUGCUUUGAUCCCCAAACACUAAGAAACCUCCACCAGAGAUCCAAAUCCGAGUCAUGGAUGAAAACUCUUGACAAUUACACCCAACUGCAAGCCCAACUUUCUAAGACAUUCUUGGGAACAUUCCAUGACGUUUAUGACCAUCUCCGCCUCUGAGCACCAUAACGCAUGACUGCGGGAUGUCUUUUGCCGGUAUGUGUCGAGAUCUGUUAUGACAGAACGCUCCAACAGAUGUGUUUGCUUUCUGAAGUAAAAUAUGAGUAGCCCCAUUCCAUAUGUGUAACUACAUUCCAAAACAUGAGUUCUCGGCUCUCUUGACGACAGCAAUGUGUACAAGAGCUCUACUUACACCUUUUAGCGGGGCGUUUGAUUGGUUAACUAGAGGUUAAAGCCUUCGCUCGUCGAACCCUAGUCCGAUUCCCCCACAUCCGAUUGUGAAGCCCAUUUCAGGUGUCCCCCCGCCGUGAUAUUGCUGGGAUAUUCCUAAAAGCAGCGUAAAAACAACUCAUUCACCGAAUACCGUUUAGCUUAAACUAAUUUACAGGAUCUGUGCCAUAACAUGGUUUUGGUCCUCCAACUAACCUGCGCAAAUGUGAAGGGUAGGCUGGACUUUCCGCUAAAUUUGUUUUGUAAAACGGGUCCAGGUUAAAAACGUGACUAUGAUUCUUGUUAAAACAGUAUCGCUGUAAAUGUAUGUUUGCUUUAAUUGUCUUAUAUUUCGCUUCUGCAGAUCACCCCUCAAGCUGUAAUCAAAACGGUUUUUAGACUCACAGCUGCCGUAUGUUCAUAGGUAAAUUGAUGAUGUCCCCUAAAUCGAUACAUUGAGCUUUCCUGGGAUUUGUCAGUAUACACGAAUACCAUUCGUCACCACUCGAUCCCUCCCUUCACCUGCAAGAGUUCUUGUGCCCCCUUUCGAGGAAUGUAAUGUUUGAAAAUAAAAGGAACCAGUCAGAAUUCGCGCAUGACUUCAAGAACUUCGGUCAAAGAAACCAUCAAGAAUAAUGUUCAUUUAACAAAGGUUUUUAUCGAAAAACAUGCCCCAGACACAAGGGAUGUGUUCAACCAUAUCGCAUAUUAGUUAAGUCCAAUACAUCAGAUAUAUGUCAUCUGCAAUAUAUAUGACAAACGAGAAGUAUCCGUUGUAAGUAGUCCCAAUUCAUUUAGCUAUGCCCGUUUGCGCUUAGACAGAACUCAGUCGCGAAAAUAGCCACGAGAGGGGCACGAGUAGUUAACCGGCUUGUUGGUAAAAGAUAACACGUAUAUUUUCCGGCUCCUAAACACAAGUGACUCAUCAGUCUAAACAUGUCGCCACGGUUAGCACCAUCUCAAAGUCAGAACGAAGUCAUGCCAUCUUCGAGAUUUUAGAACACCCAAGACACCAAAUGAAAUAAAAUCUAAAAACGGAAACCAAGAUUUUCAUCCUCACAAUUGCCAUAACAGAAUCCGCCCAAAGAUGAACGGUGUUCUUUCGUGCUGAUUGUCCUGCGAUAAGAAUGCAGGAAUUUUAAUCUCUUUUGUACACCAAACUUCAACAUUUGUAUAUUACAGCACUGAAUGUAUCUGAAUGCAUACAAAAGCCAGCUGGUGCCUUAGGUUUUGUACAUAGUAAAGUGCCUUCCGUAGUAGCCUUGUAAAAAGCUUUCUCCUGUACGCUUUGUCGUAAUGCACGAGUAUAUGUUUCAAAUACAAGUAGGAAUUUGAUUUUCAAUCUACCGUAAAUCCUUGAAUCAGCGCCUUUUAUAAUUCAGAGACGUCCCACGCCCGGCGUCUGUUCAAAGCAUGUCAAUAUUUUUAAUUACGGAAACACUUCCAUUUCCAAGACUGGACAUGUUAUUUGGAUAAAACGCGUUUGUUUUGGUAUUUUUCUUGUUUGUAGUAUACCAGUUUCGCGUUAAUGAGCUCCUAAAGGGAUGAUUUAAAGGUUUUUUUACUUAUUAUUCAAGGCAAGCGUUUACUCUACUCAUAGCAAGCCCGUCAGACCGGGUGUUUAUUUUAAUCAUCUAUUCAAGGAUUUACGGUACAUGCAGUGGACUUCGUUGUUGAAUAGCUCUGUCAAAUUUACAGCAAGUCAGAAGUUGUGAUUUUGCACAUGACGUUCAGUGUGUCUCUAAAACAGACUCAUUGGUUAUCCAUUCCGCGACAGUUAAUUUAUUUCCCAACAUAAUAUUUUCAGGAAUAAAUUCCAUCGAGCUGAUACCAUGUUAUUUAUAUGACUUCAUUGAUUCAUAGGUAAAACAUGCCUUACUGUAAUUAUUACUUCAUCCCUCGUGCCUACCUUAUAUACAGCUGUAUAGACUUCGUCACAUAUUGAUAAGAUAUUGUUUUCUUAGAAGUGUAAUAUAUUAUCAUCGUGUUUGUAAAUAUGUGUGUCAAUGAUUUAUGUAAAUAUAUGUAAUAUGUAUGUGUGUAUUCGACAGCACGUUUAAUCUCGCCCAGGUUCAUUAUCAAACACGUUGUCGUGGUAUUUCUGAAGACGUUGUUAACAUUAUAUACUUUUAAGAAUUUGUAAAUAUGCAAAUAAACCGAAGUUAUAUAUUUAAUAGAUAUAUAGUUAUUUAGUUAGAAGAUCAUUUCAAUUUCGAGAGGCCCAUUCGUCCAAGGCGCCGCAAUUAGCUGUUCAGAGAGUUGCGUCCCUUGGACAUGCCAGAAGCCUAUGAUUCCAGGUAUAUAUUACCCAAACGAGCUGGUUGUCUGAAAAUAUUCGAGGUUUGAUAAGUUACCACAACAGCUGGUCAUUCGUGAUGGUGAUAGCGGUCCUUUCAAAACAUGUAUCAUAAAUAUAAAAUUGACAUUAUCCUCGGAAAACACAAGGUUCAAUUUUCAUUUAAAUGUAUCCGCUGCUCGCUUCCUAUACAUGCAAUGGACGGAGUUUAUCUGAUUAAAACUGAUAAUUGUGAUUAGUAAUGUAACUGCGAAUCACCCUGUUGAACUGUACAUAAAUGUGUGUAUACUGUCAUCACCAUUUGUGAUUAUUUAUUCAUAUCUAUUCAUAUACACGUGGAACAAUAUCAUGACAACUUUUAUUUAUUCAUUUAUUUAAUAUUUUUGUAGCCACGUUUGAUAUUAACGAUCUCAACUCUUGCUCUGUCAAAGACAAUGCACUUUAAAGGAUUUUACAGGAAUCCGUCGAGUGGCGGGUGCUACCGAUAGGGCAGGAUGUGCUAACCGUUCGUAAACCAAAGGGGAUAACUCUGAACAUAUAACCAACCCACUUACCACUAAACAAUUCUUAAUUCAACUCGUGUUCUCCUCUCAGGAGAAAAUAAGGUUAAAAAUACAUACUAGAGGGAAUGUUUACGCAAUAGUUACCUGAUUUUCAGUGAUCUACUCAUGUAAUUUACACCGCUAUUAUGAUUCCAAAGUUGAAUGGAAUCCGUUUCAAACAUAAUUGAGACUGGUUAUCCCCUGUCCUUGAAGCUUUAUAUUUAUAUAACAUGAAAGUGGAAAUGAGAGACAAGAAAGGUCUUUCUUUCUCCAUUGCGAUGAAUUGUACUAAGCACUAUUUCCGGUAAUAACAUUUCUUCCUAUACGACUCCUCCUGUGUAACAUAAAUGCAUAUUCCGUCCACAUCAAAAUGGCCCCAUAACUGGUAUCUCUGCUUACAGAAGACAGCAUGUGCAAUUCAGUGAUGUGUGAGUACACAUAUUUUCUUGCCAGUGCUUAUUGAAUUCAUUGUGUGAUGUUUCAAGGCUGUAGAACGCCACGUACGAUUAUUUUUCGACAAAUCAAAUAUUAUAAGCAAUAUCACUCCUUAUAUUAAUAAAUAAUGUGCGUUUAGGAAAUCUGUGAUAGUAUAAAUCAUAUAUUGUUACAACUUGACACUAUGACUGUGAUAUUUUAAUAAAACAUUAGAAUUUA